UUGGAACAGCGAACGAAGUCGACAAGAUCCGGACACAGUCCAGAAUUCCGUUCUGCUGUUUCACGCGAAAGCUUGCACCUGUGUCCACUGGAAUUCUAUAGACCAGCAAGAGUAGAAAGAGGAAGGUAGAGGCGCUACUGCAGGCGCUUGACAAGAUGCAGAUGGAUUUAGGCCGGCUGGCCAGCCGGGCCUACAGACCAGCUCUCGUCCUAGUGCUCCUGUGUGUUGUUCAACACGCUACACCGCAGGUGGUGAAUACUGUAUCUCCACCAGUGGAUGAUGAGGAUGCUGGCGUUGGCAGUGGUGCCGAGUCCAUACUGUGGGCGGUUUCGUAUCACCCUGGACAGAGGCAUGCCCUGGCACAGCAGGUUAUGCUGGCCCUGGAGUCCAUACUGGGUAUUGAGUCCUACAUCGUCACUAUUGAAGAUAUAUCUACAGCCUCCUCCCUUGCUGGAGAGCAAAAGCUGACAGUGCUAGUUCUAGAUCGGGAAAAGCGCCUAGCAAUGUCAGCAGCCAACUUGACCAAGGUGAUUGUAGAGCGAGCUGCUGAUUUUCACAUGGAGCUUAGUACGCUUGGUGUGGCAGCUAUAUCACAGAGCUCUGACCUGGAUAGCUCAACCCGGAUAAAUUCUUCCUCGCAGGCUCGGCUAGGCAUUUCAGCAUCACGCAGCCCCGAUGGCAGCAUCACAUUCUUUGCUCAGGUAACACCGGAGAACAUUGCGGUGAGCUCCAUAGCCUGGUCACCUCCUGGUGGUGGCGGUGCUGCUCUGAGCAACAAGUCGGUCAUUUUCACCAGCGUCAACGAGCGUGUCUCCGUGCUGACGUUUGUACGACCGGACACGUCCGACACGGCGGUGCGCGUCUCUGCUGUACUGGCCAGUGGACAGGUCUUCACGAGCUCAGUGCCGGGCCAGUCUGUUGGUGACUCACAAACUGCAGCUCCUACUUUGGUUCAACUGAGCAUUGAUCCUCCGAAUGUUAUACUGCAACCUGGUGAGACGGCGUCCUUCACGUGCAAUGUUAAUCCGCCAUCGCAGUCAACGGAGAUUGAGUGGUCUCCCAAACCAUCCGGCCAGUACCACCUGGCUAUGGGAGGCAGGAUGCUGGUCAUCAGCGAUGUGCAAGUGACAGACACCGGUGUGUACGUGUGUAGUGGAAACUUUGAAGGCCAACCCAUCAUCACCAGCGCCCGCCUCACAGUUCGCAGUUCUGGACCGCCUGGUCCAGCCGGACCCCCCGGAGCAAGCUAUUCUUUUGAUGUAACGUGGCAGUUGGACGAAGCCGCCACACAGCGGCUGGUCUCGCUGCAGUUUGAGUAUCGUUCACGGGCAUCCACUGGUCAAUGGUCAUCUUGGAGGGUUGAUGGUAGUCCCGCGUCGGUGUCCAGCAACGGUACACGCCGUAUUACCGUGCCCCAGCCCGGCACAUUCCAGUAUCGUAUCACAGGCCAGACGGCCAACGGUAGCUCCAGCACAGUGUCGCUGGGAGAAGCAACAGUACAAGCGGCCAGCCUGUACACAUCGCCCUCGUACCCGGUCAGCGGACGGUGGACUACACCGUCGGCCCUUGUGUCGCGUAUACUCUACUACAUUAUGGAGUAUCGCAUUGUGAUAUCCGGUACGUUCGGGUCUUUCACCCGACUGAGCCACUCCAUCCCAGUCAGUGCAUCGGCGUACAACAUCACAGUGCCAGCCCCGGGCACCUACAACUACCAGAUUUUAGGCCAGUUUGACGGCUCUCAGCAGAGCGUGGACACUGGAUUCUUCACUGUUCGAGUUGAACCUGCUGUAACAAACACUCCUUACCGUGCCCUAAUUGAGUGGCAAUCAUCAGGCGCACCCGGCUUAGAGUAUUACUCCAUUGAAUAUCGGCAGUCAUUUGGGGCUGGCCAGUAUGGGGCCUGGACGUAUGGUGCACAGAAUGUGUUGCCGGACCGCGGUUCAGCUCUGAUCUACUUUCCCAUGGCUGGUGCUUAUGAGUAUCGCCUGAUCGGUCAUUUCCCUGGUUAUGCCGCUCUCCUGGCCACUUCUCUGACGCAGGUUGGCAUACCAAGUGGCUCUAUAGACUUUCCCUAUUCCGUGGACAUCAGCUGGCCCCAGCCUUUGGAGACAAUCCGUCCGUUGCUGCAGUUCUACAUCAUCCAGUACAGAGAGGAUCUCGGCGGUGGAGAGUACGGUGGCUGGCAAACCGCCUCCAACAAUGUGCCAGCCACUGCCACUAUGUAUACAUUGCGGCUGCCUCGUGUUGGCUUCUACCAGUACCGUGUGGUCGGUCAACUGGCACGUGGACCCCAAGCACUGGCCACCGGCAUGGUGACAGUUAGAAUGUCCGAAGCGUCCACAAGUCCUCAGCAACCAACAACAGAAGUAAUCACAAGUGACUCUGCAGCACCAACCACAGCUGCUCCUCAGCCCGUUCCUGUCACUCUUAGAUGGCUGCAGCCACCAGCAACUGCUCUCCAAUCAGUAGAACACCUCACUGUGGACUAUCGCACUGCCUUGCCCAGCGGACAGUUUGGAGAAUGGCAAGUUGGUGUUAACCAUCUGAGGCCGACUACAACUGAAACUCAAAUCACAUUGCUAUCCCCGGGCAUGCAUGAAUUCCGCAUUCUUGCCAAUGUGUUUAGUCAGCAAGUUCAGAUUGGAGCAGGAGACCUUGGGCUUCCUUUGCCGUCCAGUCCGAUGACCAUUGGUAUAUUCCCACAUACCUUCAUGUGGAGGAUUUCCGGCGCGCCGUUCCAAUUCUAUCGCAUCCGCUACCGUCGCGAAGGCACACAAGCAUGGAGUAUAGCAUCGGAUAGCAUUCGUCCUGACACAUCAAUGAUGUCAUUUAUGCUACCCGUUGGAACGUAUGAUUAUGAGCUGUAUGGCGUGUUUUCUGGUGAGGCUGUGUCUCUAGAGGACAGUGGCAAGUUCACCGUGACAGAGGCUAACACACUACCACCACAACUGACGGAGGCCACGUCUACACCAGUGUUAGUUACAACCCAGCCUCCACUACCGCCAUUGAUUGGACCAGGCGGCAAGUUUGAGAAUGAACUGAUGAGCGCGCAGUGGGCUGUGGACUUUGAUAAUCAAAAGGUCCGGUUCAUAUUGCGUGGACAGGCUGGAAGAUAUGUUGCUGUUGGUCUCUCUGAAGAUGAAUACAUGGUGCGCAGUGACAUUCUUGUUGCGGUGAUGAACAGCACUGGUGCCUUUGUAACGGAUCAGUUUGCCCUUACACGCAACACUCCAUUUCUCGAUAUUGACGGUAGCCAGCUGAGUGAAAUUGCUGCCCGUCAGAAUGGUGCUGACGUGGAGUUUGCGUUCAGCAUUCCGUGCGAUAGCCAGGACGUACUUGAUGAUGUCAGUGCGUUACGCACACAGUACCUACUGUUUGCUACUGGUGCCACUGUGAACGGUGGUAUCGGCUACCAUGCCACCAACCGUUGGAUACAGCGUACACAGCUAGCAGAAUACUGCCGGGGCGAGACCAGCACCACCGUCGUGCCAGCCUCCGCUAUAGACACCACUACACCCACUAUCCCAGGACCAGCGGUGAUUACAAGCUCUCCGGGAAACUCAAACACUUCAGGGAGCUUUGAAGCAGAAGCCAUCGCUGGCACAGUCAGUCCGUUCACCGCACGCUGGAAGGUAGACCAAGGGUCACAGUCUGUAACUAUCAAUCUUCACUCACCGCUCUUCGCCGCUGCCACCCAGUAUGUGGCAUUCGGUAUAUCCAAUGACAGGCGUAUGGCUGGCAGUGACAUAAUCACAGGUCAUGUUGAUGGCGGUGGACGGGUAGUUGUGGCGGACAGGUAUGCGCGUAGCUACGUUUUGCCGGAGCAGGACGAGCACAGCCAAGUGUCGAGUGUUAUGGGCACACACGAUGUAGACGGUACCAACAUCACGUUCACCAUUCCAUGCUGGAGCGAGGACCCGAAAGACGUCGCAGUUGCCGGCAGCCACUUCUUCCUGUUUAGUCGGGGACCAGUGGACGACGGAGGUCAAAUUGGCUUUCACGGAGUCGAAAAUAAAUGGUUCACAAGAGAACUUGUCCACAUUGACUGUGGAGUUCGCCCAUCGCCCUCCACAGCUCCGCCAACUGUUGCACCCACUGGUUUCACGCCGAUGUUCACGAGUGACUUUGUAGAGGCAGCCUGGGACGUAGACCGCAGCAAGGAAGAAGUCAGGUUCACCAUACGUACCAGUGAUGGAGACUACGUUGGAUUUGGAAUAUCUGAUAAUCGGAGGAUGAUGAAUAGUGACAUCAUUACAGGCUUCCUCACUGAGUCUGGUGUCCAAGUACAAGAUCGAUAUGCAACAGCUUACACUGAACCAGAGGUUGAUGCUAGCAGUCAGGUGAUUGCUCCAACUGGCCGUCGCAUUGGCAACAUUGUAGAGAUCUCAUUCUCUAUACCGUGUCAGAGUUCGGACACAUCGGACAUUGCCAUCCAUGGUGAUCAUUACUUUCUGUUUGCGUCCGGCAAGCUAUCCGACGGACGGCCAUUAUAUCAUGGCUACAGAAGGGGAAUGGCCACAGAGGAGCAGAUUAACAUUGAUUGCUUGGCUCCGCCGACAACUACUCCACCAGCCCCACCAACAACCACUCCAGCAGCUCUUCCAACAACCAGUAUGCUGACAGAGACAAGCAGUGCACAAACAAGUUUCACGCCGAUGUUCACGAGUGACUUUGUAGAGGCAGCCUGGGACGUAGACCGCAGCAAGGAAGAAGUCAGGUUCACCAUACGUACCAGUGAUGGAGACUACGUUGGAUUUGGAAUAUCUGAUGAUCGGAGGAUGAUCAAUAGUGACAUAAUUACAGGCUACCUCACUGAGUCUGGUGUCCAAGUACAAGAUCGAUUUGCGAAUGCUUUCACUAGACCAGAGGUUGAUGCUAGCAGUCAGGUGAUUGCUCCAACUGGCCGUCGCAUUGGCAACAUUGUAGAGAUCUCAUUCUCUAUACCGUGUCAGAGUUCGGACACAUCGGACAUUGCCAUCCAUGGUGAUCAUUACUUUCUGUUUGCGUCCGGCAAUCUCUUUGAUGGUCAGCCAUUGUAUCAUGGUUACAGAAGGGGAAUUGCUACAGAGGAGCGGAUUAACAUUGAUUGCUUGGCUCCACCAACAACUACUCCAGCAGCUCUUCCGACAACUACUCCACCACGCCCACCAACAACUACUCCAGCAGCUCUUUCGACAACCAGCAUGCUGACAGAAACAAGCAGUGCACAAACAAGUUUCACGCCGAUGUUCACGAGUGACUUUGUAGAGGCAGCCUGGGACGUAGACCGAAGCAAGGAAGAAGUCAGGUUCACCAUACGUACCAGUGAUAGUGACUACGUAGCAUUUGGAAUAUCUGAUGAUCGGAGGAUGAGGAAUAGUGACAUAAUUACAGGCUUCCUCACUGAGUCUGGUGUCCAAGUACACGAUCGAUAUUCAGCAGCUUACACUGAACCACGGAUCGAUGCUAGCAGUCAGGUGAUUGCUCCAACUGGCCGUCGCAUUGGCAACAUUGUAGAGAUCUCAUUCUCUAUACCGUGUCAGAGUUCGGACACAUCGGACAUUGCCAUCCAUGGUGAUCAUUACUUUCUGUUUGCGUCCGGCAAGCUAUCCUUCGGCCGGCCAUUGUAUCAUGGCUCCAGGAGAAUAGCCACAGAGGAGCGGAUUAGCAUUGAUUGCGUGGCUCAAAGGGCAAGUACCCCAGCACCUCCACCGGCAACCACACCAGCAGCUCUUCCAACAACCACUCCAGCAGCUCUUCCAACAACCACUCCACCACCAGCAGAGGGUUUCACGCCGAUGUUCACGAGUGACUUCGUAGAGGCAGCCUGGGAUGUAGACCGCAGCAAGGAAGAAGUCAGGUUCACCAUACGUACCAGUGAUAGUGACUACGUUGGAUUUGGAAUAUCUGAUGAUCGGAGGAUGAUCAAUAGUGACAUAAUUACAGGCUACCUCACUGAGUCUGGUGUCCAAGUACAAGAUCGAUUUGCGAAUGCUUUCACUAGACCAGAGGUUGAUGCUAGCAGUCAGGUGAUUGCUCCAACUGGCCGUCGCAUUGGCAACAUUGUAGAGAUCUCAUUCUCUAUACCGUGUCAGAGUUCGGACACAUCGGACAUUGCCAUCCAUGGUGAUCAUUACUUUCUGUUUGCGUCCGGCAACCUCUUCGAUGGUCAGCCAUUGUAUCAUGGUUACAGAAGGGGAGUUGCCACAGAGGAGCGGAUUAACAUUGAUUGCUUGGCUCCACCAACAACCACUCCAGCAGCUCUUCCGACAACUAUUCCACCACGCCCACCAACAACCACUCCAGCAGCUCUUCCGACAACUACUCCACCACGCCCACCAACAACCACUCCAGCAGCUCUUCCGACAACUACUCCACCACGCCCACCAACAACCACUCCAGCAGCUCUUCCGACAACCAGCAUGUUGACGGAAACAAGCAGUGCACAAACAACUGGCAGGUUUGUCGGGCCAACCAUCAAUGCCACAUGGACUGUGGACCCGGACACGCAGAGUGUGCGCUUUGUACUGCGGACGGCUGAGUCACAGAAUUCUUGGCUGGCUGUGGGAAUAUCUGAUAAUCGUCGCAUGCAAAUUUCUGACGUUAUACUUGGUAUCCUGCUUGAUAAUAACAAUGUCCUUGUGACUGAUCGCUGGGCAUCGGGAUACAGUCCGCCGAGAGUUGACACUGACAGUCAAGUUAUCCCUGGCAGCGGCAGUGGCAGCCGCACCAAUGGAGUGCUGGAGAUUGCUUUCAGCAUUCCAUGUCAGAGUUCAGACGAACUCGACAAGAGUAUCCAGGGUGAACAUUACCUACUGUUUGCCCGCGGCAAUGCUGCAGGCACCGCACCAAGCUAUCAUACGCCAAGCGGCAGAUACGUCACAGACGAUCUUGUCUCUAUAAACUGCCAAGCCGGACCGUCCACCACACCUACGCCAACUGUACCGCAAGGCAUGGAAGUGGUUCUUAGCGACGUAACUGCCGAGUCCGUUGUCGUCAACCUGCCCGUACCAGUACCAAGCGGCUCGAUUUGGGAGGUUGAAAUCACUACUCCAUCUGGUACUAUAGUGUCAUCAGCUGAGCUCAGCGAGGGCGAGAGCAGUCACCUACUGAAUGGUCUCUUGCCCAAUGAAGUCUACACAGUUACAGUCUUUGAUGGCAUCACUAAUCCAUACCUGUCGUUCCGGUCUGCUGCCUUUACUGGGCCUCCCGACGGCGACCUGACGUACGAAGGCAGCAUGACUGCAUUGUGGAGUAUCGAUCCAGAGUCACAGACCGUCACUUUCUCAUUGUCAGUACCUGUCACUGAUGUUUGGCUAGGCCUGGGAAUAUCUAACGAUCGACUCAUGCUGAGAAGUGACAUCAUAUCUGGUUUGAUGGACGACACAGCUACAGGUGGUGUUCAAAUUCGGGACAGGUAUGCGUAUGGCAGAAUUCGGCCAUCAGCUGAAUCUUCCAGUCAGGCUACAAAUGGACGUGGUAGUGUUCUGGAUGGAGUCACUACAAUCUCCUUUACUCUACCUUGUAAUAGCCCUGACACUUUUUCUGACAUUCCCCUGGAAGGUAGCCAUUAUCUACUGCUGGCCUAUGGACCAAUUAUCGAUAAUGAUCUGAGUUAUCACACGUGGAGGGCAGCAACAUCAUUGCCAGUUGAGAUUGACUGUUCUGCUCGGACCAGGCUAUCGGUCGGUGACAUCACGGAUAGCUCAGUCACUGUAUCUCUCCUCAAGUCGGUGCCAGCUGGCUCAAAUUGGAGAGUUGACAUCACAACAACUGAUGGUAGUACUGUCUCAACGGGUACCAUUAGUGGGGGUUCUACAAGUCAGGUGCUAGCUGGCCUAAGCUCAAAUACCAACUACACUAUCACCGUGUUUGAUGGAAACACUAAUCCUAGUCUAUCGUUCCGUACUGCGGCACCUCCAGGACCUCAAGUAUUGGUUAGCAAUCUGACUGACACGACAGCUGUGCUACAUUUCCGGAACCUGGCCAAUUUUCUGGGUACAGUGUCCUUUGCGCAAGUGAUCGUCGCCGAGACUCCAGGCGGCUAUGUUGUAUUCCGUGCUAAUGUGACCAGCGACAAAGGCAGCUUCACGCUGGGUUAUCUUCAAUCCAACACAAGAUACGUUGUCACUCUGACCAGCCAAGCUGACGCCAGUCAUCAGGUGGCACAUACACAGUUCAGUACAAAGGCGUUCCCAGGGACCCCAGACGGUGUGUUCAGUUCUUCCAGUAUGUCAGCCGAGUGGAAAGCCUUCCCUGCGCUUCAGGCCGUGUUCUUCUCUCUGACAGCGGAGGUUGUGGGUGAUUGGCUAGGCUUGGGUAUCUCCGAUGAUGUGUUCAUGGCUGGUUCUGACAUAGUCACUGGUUCUAUAUCUACUGAAGGAGCAGUGAGAAUAGAAGACAGAUUUUCUGAGGGUCAGUUUCGCCCGCAGUUGGAUGCUUCACAAGAUGUGGAGAAUGGCAAAGGCAGUGUGGUGGAUGGCUCCACCACCAUCUCAUUCUCCGUACCCUGCCAAAGUUCUGACCUAGCUGAUGACAGGUCACUGUCCACACGUCCUCGCUAUCUGCUCUUUGCUUACGGCCCACUGACCUCAUCGUCAACAGACAUCGCUAAUCAUGUCUACCGAGAAACCUUUCUUGAACAAUAUCAAGCAGUGUGCGAUGUUGUCAGGGUUCCGUUAAGCAUUCCACUCACCACAGUAGACCCUACGGCGUCUAGCUAUCUUGUAGAUGUCUAUCGCUACAACCGGGCAACAGGCCAGCAAGACCUGCAUCACACAGUGGCGGGGCUGGCGGCACACGACUUCCCCUACGAGGUCCCCGGAGGUCUGGAGAGCGGCUUCUACUAUGUGUCGGAGAUCCUAGGAGAGAGCGUUGAGUACCUGUGGCAUCACUAUAUUGACUAUCAUGUCCUGGGUGACGUAGGUGAUCUGCCCAUCUUCAUUGAGUGGCCUAGUAAUGUUCACAUGACAGUGUCCAGGUCUGAUGUCGACAUAGAAGUGAGCAAUGUCACUGUUGCACUACCUCAUCUCCACGCCUUGUUGAGAAUGCGCUUCCCGACGUAUCAGGCCCAGUAUCGUAUUGUGGGUGAUUACUCCUGGACUGACCUACCGGACUUCUCGUCAUCAACACCUACCUCAGUUGAGCUGGCGAGACUCCCGAGUGACAACUACGAGUUACGAGUACGCGCUACGGAUGGUACCGUCUCAUCUGAGUACUCUCAACCGCUGCGCAUCAUUUCUGUUGGAAAGGUACCUGUGUCCAUCUCUCUACCAACAGUAGACCCACUGGCUAUCAGUUAUUCAGUAGAAGUUCUGUUAUUCAACACGAGCAUUGGUGAAUAUCAGAGUGUGUCGAGAGAGGAUAAUUUGAGAGUUGGUGAUUUCCCGCACGGCGUACCAUCUGGUGUUGCCAGUGGUUCUCAGUAUGUAACAAUAGUCACAAGUAAUCUAGCAGAUGGAAGUCAACGUUCCAUCCAGUUUGACUCUUUGACUGCUGAGCCAAUCGGAAUGCAACGUGAUUUAUUGAUGUGGCCAAGUGAUGGUGGUGUGUCCAUUAUGGAUGUUGACCUUGGUAAAAGUCAUGUUAGCAUUACAUUGCCAGAACUGAGUGAGUCUCAGAGAAGUGACUAUUCCGAUUUUGAAGUGGAGUAUCGGAGGAUUGGAGACAGUAGUUGGAUAUCUGCUGGCAGUGUGUCAACAUCAGAGAAGACAUUUGUUCUGUCGGAGAAUCUUGAUGCUGGUAACUAUGAAGUACGAGUUCGUGGAACAGACGGCAGCGCUGUUCAUUCAGAGCAUACUCCUCAUCUUCAGUUUUUCACCACCGGCAAAGUACCUGUGUCCAUCUCUCUACCAACAGUAGACCCACUGGCUAGCAGUUAUUCAGUAGAAGUUCUGCUAUUCAACACGAGCACUGGUGAAUAUCAGAGUGUGUCGAGAGAGGAUAAUUUGAGAGUUGGUGAUUUCCCGCAUAGCGUACCAUCUGGUGUUGUCAGUGGUUCUCAGUAUGUAACAAUUGUCACAAGUAAUCUAGCAGAUGGAAGUCAACGUUCCAUCCAGUUUGUCUCUUUGACUGCUGAGCCAAUCGGAGUGCAACGUGAUUCAUUGAUGUGGCCAAGUGAUGGUGGUGUGUCCAUUAUGGAUGUUGACCUUGGUAGAAGUCAUGUUAGUAUUACAUUGCCAGAACUGAGUGAGUCUCAGAGAAGUGAGUAUUCCGAUUUUGAAGUGGAGUAUCGAAGGAUUGGAGAAAGUAGUUGGAUAUCUGCUGGCAGUGUAUCAACAUCAGAGAAGACUUUUGUUCUGUCGGAGAAUCUUGAUGCUGGUAACUAUGAAGUACGAGUUCGUGGAACAGACGGCAGCACUGUUCAUUCAGAGCAUACUCCUCAUCUUCAGUUCUUCACCACCGGCAAAGUGCCUGUGUCGAUCUCUCUACCAGCAGUAGACCCACUGGCUAGCAGUUAUUCAGUGGAAGUUCUGUUAUUCAACACGAGCAGUGGUGAAUAUCAGAGUGUGUCGAGAGAGGAUAAUUUGAGAGUUGGUGAUUUCCCGCAUAGCGUACCAUCUGGUGUUGUCAGUGGUUCUCAGUAUGUAACAAUAGUCACAAGUAAUCUAGCAGAUGGAAGUCAACGUUCCAUCCAGUUUGUCUCUUUGACUGCUGAGCCAACCGGUGUGCAACGUGAUUUAUUGAUGUGGCCAAGUGAUGGUGGUGUGUCCAUUAUGGAUGUUGACCUUGGUAGAAGUCAUGUUAGUAUUACGUUGCCAGAACUGAGUGAGUCUCAGAGAAGUGACUAUUCCGAUUUUGAAGUGGAGUAUCGAAGGAUUGGAGACAGUAGUUGGAUAUCUGCUGGCAGUGUGUCAACAUCAGAGAAGACAUUUGUUCUGUCGGAGAAUCUUGAUGCUGGUAACUAUGAAGUACGAGUUCGUGGAACAGACGGCAGCACUGUUCAUUCAGCGCAUACCCCUCAUCUUCAAUUCUUCACCACCGGCAAAGUACCUGUGUGGAUCUCUCUACCAACAGUAGACCCACUGGCUAUCAGUUAUUCAAUAGAAGUUCUGCUAUUCAACACGAGCACUGGUGAAUAUCAGAGUGUGUCGACAGAGGAUAAUUUGAGAGUUGGUGAUUUCCCGCAUAGCGUACCAUCUGGUGUUGUCAGUGGUUCUCAGUAUGUAACAAUUGUCACAAGUAAUCUAGCAGAUGGAAGUCAACGUUCCAUCCAGUUUGUCUCUUUGACUGCUGAGCCAAUCGGAGUGCAACGUGAUUUGUUGAUGUGGCCAAGUGAUGGUGGUGUGUCCAUUAUGGAUGUUGACCUUGGUAGAAGUCAUGUUAGUAUUACAUUGCCAGAACUGAGUGAGUCUCAGAGAAGUGACUAUUCCGAUUUUGAAGUGGAGUAUCGAAGGAUUGGAGAAAGUAGUUGGAUAUCUGCUGGCAGUGUAUCAACAUCAGAGAAGACAUUUGUUCUGUCGGAGAAUCUUGAUGCUGGUAACUAUGAAGUACGAGUUCGUGGAACAGACGGCAGCACUGUUCAUUCAGAGCAUACUCCUCAUCUUCAGUUCUUCACCACCGGCAAAGUACCUGUGUCGAUCUCUCUACCAACAGUAGACCCACUGGCUAGCAGUUAUUCAGUGGAAGUUCUGUUAUUCAACACGAGCAGUGGUGAAUAUCAGAGUGUGUCGAGAGAGGAUAAUUUGAGAGUUGGUGAUUUCCCGCACGGCGUACCAUCUGGUGUUGUCAGUGGUUCUCAGUAUGUAACAAUAGUCACAAGUAAUCUAGCAGAUGGAAGUCAACGUUCCAUCCAGUUUGUCUCUUUGACUGCUGAGCCAAUCGGUGUGCAACGUGAUUUAUUGAUGUGGCCAAGUGAUGGUGGUGUGUCCAUUAUGGAUGUUGACCUUGGUAGAAGUCAUGUUAGUAUUACGUUGCCAGAACUGAGUGAGUCUCAGAGAAGUGACUAUUCCGAUUUUGAAGUGGAGUAUCGAAGGAUUGGAGACAGUAGUUGGAUAUCUGCUGGCAGUGUGUCAACAUCAGAGAAGACAUUUGUUCUGUCGGAGAAUCUUGAUGCUGGUAACUAUGUAGUACGAGUUCGUGGAACAGACGGCAGCACUGUUCAUUCAGAGCAUACCCCUCAUCUUCAAUUCUUCACCACCGGCAAAGUACCUGUGUCAAUCUCUCUACCAUCAGUAGACCCACUGGCUAUCAGUUAUUCUGUAGAAGUUCUGCUAUUCAACACGAGCACUGGUGAAUAUCAGAGUGUGUCGAGAGAGGAUAAUUUGAGAGUUGGUGAUUUCCCGCACGGCGUACCAUCUGGUGUUGUCAGUGGUUCUCAGUAUGUAACAAUUGUCACAGGUAAUCUAGCAGAUGGAAGUCAACGUUCCAUCCAGUUGGACUCUUUGACUGCUGAGCCAAUCGGAGUGCAACGGGAUUUAUUGAUGUGGCCAAGUGAUGGUGGUGUGUCCAUUAUGGAUGUUGACCUUGGUAAAAGUCAUGUUAGCAUUACAUUGCCAGAACUGAGUGAGUCUCAGAGAAGUGACUAUUCCGAUUUUGAAGUGGAGUAUCGAAGGAUUGGAGACGGUAGUUGGAUAUCUGCUGGCAGUGUGUCAACAUCAGAGAAGACAUUUGUUCUGUCGGAGAAUCUUGAAGCUGGUAACUAUGAAGUACGAGUUCGUGCAACAGACGGCAGCACUGUUCAUUCAGAGCAUACCCCUCAUCUUCAAUUCUUCACCACCGGCAAAGUACCUGUGUCGAUCUCUCUACCAUCAGUAGACCCACUGGCUAUCAGUUAUUCUGUAGAAGUUCUGCUAUUCAACACGAGCACUGGUGAAUAUCAGAGUGUGUCGAGAGAGGAUAAUUUGAGAGUUGGUGAUUUCCCGCACGGCGUACCAUCUGGUGUUGUCAGUGGUUCUCAGUAUGUAACAAUUGUCACAAGUAAUCUAGCAGAUGGAAGUCAACGUUCCAUCCAGUUUGUCUCUUUGACUGCUGAGCCAAUCGGAGUGCAACGUGAUUUAUUGAUGUGGCCAAGUGAUGGUGGUGUGUCCAUUAUGGAUGUUGACCUUGGUAGAAGUCAUGUUAGCAUUACAUUGCCAGAACUGAGUGAGUCUCAGAGAAGUGACUAUUCCGAUUUUGAGGUUGAGUAUCGAAGGAUUGGAGACAGUAGUUGGAUAUCUGCUGGCAGUGUGUCAACAUCAGAGAAGACAUUUGUUCUGUCGGAGAAUCUUGAAGCCGGUAACUAUGAAGUACGAGUUCGUGCAACAGACGGCAGCACUGUUCAUUCAGAGCAUACUCCUCAUCUUCAAUUCUUCACCACCGGCAAAAUACCUGUGUCAAUCUCUCUACCAUCAGUAGACCCACUGGCUAUCAGUUAUUCAGUAGAAGUUCUGUUGUUCAACACGAGCAGUGGUAAAUAUCAGAGUGUAUCGAGAGAGGAUAAUUUGAGAGUUGGUGAUUUCCCGCACGGCGUACCAUCUGGUGUUGUCAGUGGUUCUCAGUAUGUAACAAUAGUCACAAGUAAUCUAGCAGAUGGAAGUCAACGUUCCAUCCAGUUUGUUUCUUUGAUUGCUGAGCCAAUCGGAGUGCAACGUGAUUUAUUGAUGUGGCCAAGUGAUGGUGGUGUGUCCAUUAUGGAUGUUGACCUUGGUAGAAGUCAUGUUAGCAUUACAUUACCAGAACUGAGUGAGUCUCAGAGAAGUGACUAUUCCGAUUUUGAAGUGGAGUAUCGAAGGAUUGGAGACAGUAGUUGGAUAUCUGCUGGCAGUGUGUCAACAUCAGAGAAGACAUUUGUUCUGUCGGAGAAUCUUGAAGCUGGUAACUAUGAAGUACGAGUUCGUGCAACAGACGGCAGCACUGUUCAUUCAGAGCAUACUCCUCAUCUUCAAUUCUUCACCACCGGCAAAAUACCUGUGUCAAUCUCUCUACCAUCAGUAGACCCACUGGCUAUCAGUUAUUCAGUAGAAGUUCUGUUGUUCAACACGAGCAGUGGUAAAUAUCAGAGUGUAUCGAGAGAGGAUAAUUUGAGAGUUGGUGAUUUCCCGCACGGCGUACCAUCUGGUGUUGUCAGUGGUUCUCAGUAUGUAACAAUAGUCACAAGUAAUCUAGCAGAUGGAAGUCAACGUUCCAUCCAGUUUGUCUCUUUGACUGCUGAGCCAAUCGGAGUGCAACGUGAUUUAUUGAUGUGGCCAAGUGAUGGUGGUGUGUCCAUUUUUGAUGUUGACCUUGGUAGAAGUCAUGUUAGCAUUACAUUGCCAGAACUGAGUGAGUCUCAGAGAAGUGACUAUUCCGAUUUUGAGGUUGAGUAUCGAAGGAUUGGAGACAGUAGUUGGAUAUCUGCUGGCAGUGUGUCAACCUCAAAGAAGACAUUUGUUCUGUCGGAGAGUCUUGUUGCUGGCAACUAUGAAGUACGAAUUCGUGCAACAGACGGCAGCACUGUUCAUUCAGAGCAUACUCCUCAUCUUCAAUUCGUCACCAUUGGCAAAGUGCUGGCCGCGGAUGUGAAAGACGUUACAAGCUCCCGUGCAUCUGUUGAGCUCUCCACUUCUCCCGGGGACAGUGGUGACUGGACGGUGACUUUGUCUGCUGGUGGUGUAGCGCUGGAUGAUCUGACCUUCCCCGCUGACUUCACGACAUUCCCGUUGGAGUUCUUGCAGCCCAAUAAGCUGUACGACGUAUCCGUGCGUGACAGUUCAGGAAAAUACAUCUUUGGUCCACUGCAAUUUGUCACUUCUGCCAUGGAUAAUCCCGAUGGCAUGUUCAACAACUCGGAUAUGACAGCCAUGUGGAAGGUGUCAGCAUCUGAUGGCAUUGUCCAGUUUGUCUUGUCAACGGCCACCGUUCCCACACCAUGGCUUGGUGUUGGAAUAUCGCGAUCCGGUGGAAUGUCAAACAGUGAUAUCAUUACUGGCUACAUUGAUGAUCAUGGAACUGCAGCUAUUCAGGACAGAUUUGCAACUGGACGUUUCAGGCCCCAAAUUGACCAACAGUCACAAGUCAGCCAAGCACGUGGCAUCGUACACGAGUCCACGACCACUAUCAGCUUUGCCAUGCCCUGCAAUAGCAAUGACAUGCAGGAUGUCCCACUUGUUGGACAGCAUACUUUCAUCUUUGCUGUCGGCUCAAGGACCGCUCAAGCAGAUCCAAUCACGUAUCAUGCCGGUAGGAGGUUUAUCAGCAGUGAAAUGAUUAGCAUCGACUGUGGAGAGGACGUACCAUCGGACCAACGGCCACCAUUGAUGACAACAAACACCACCGGUCACUUCCGCUCACCAUCGUCCAGUGUUCAGUGGAUGGUGAACCCAGCUGAGCAAGUAGUCAAGUUCAACGUGCGCAGCAAACUGGGCGACUGGAUCGGUGUGGGCAUUGCUGAUCAAGCCAGGAUGUAUCCCGCUGACAUCAUCACUGUCUAUCUCUCCACAGACGGUGUCCAAGUUCAGGACAGACACGCUGUUGGACACAGCAAACCACUCGUUGACACGCACAGCCAGGUGAUCAAUGCCACUGGGCGUCGUGACGGUGUUUACAACGACAUCACGUUCUCUCUACCCUGCCACAGCCAGGACACUGAUCCAGAGCAAGACAUCAGUAUUCACGGUCGUCAUCAUCUGAUCUUUGCUAUUGGGGACUUGCAAGAUGGUGACAUUGCAUAUCACGGUUCCCACCGGGGACCCACACCGUUGGUCACUAUCGACUGUAGUGUGCUGGCCGCGGAUGUGAAAGACGUUACAAGCUCCCGUGCAUCUGUUGAGCUCUCCGCUUCUCCCGGGGACAGUGGUGACUGGACGGUGACUUUGUCUGCUGGUGGAGUAGCGCUGGAGGAUCUGACCUUCCCCGCUGACUUCACGGCAUUCCCGUUGGAGUUCUUGCAGCCCAAUAAGCUGUACGACGUAUCCGUGCGUGACAGUUCAGGAAAGUACAGCUUUGGUCCACUGCAAUUUGUCACUACUGCCAUGGAUAAUCCCGAUGGCAUGUUCAACAACUCGGAUAUGACAGCCAUGUGGAAGGUGUCAGCAUCUGACGGCAUUGUCCAGUUUGUCUUGUCGACGUCAACCGUUCCCACACCAUGGCUUGGUGUUGGAAUAUCGCGAUCCGGUGGAAUGUCAAACAGUGAUAUCAUUACUGGCUACAUCGAUGAUCAUGGCACCGCAGCUCUUCAGGACAGAUUUGCAGCUGGACGUAUCAGGCCCCAAAUUGACCAACAGUCACAAGUCAGCCAAGCACGUGGCAUCGUACACGAGUCCACGACCACUAUCAGCUUUGCCCUGCCCUGCAAUAGCAAUGACAUGCAGGAUGUCCCACUUGUUGGACAGCAUACUUUCAUCUUUGCUGUCGGCUCAAGGACCGCUCAAGCAGAUCCAAUCACGUAUCAUGCUAGUAGGAGGUUUAUCAGCAGUGAAAUGAUUAGCAUCGACUGUGGAGAGGACGUACCAUCGGACCAACGGCCACCAUUGAUGACAACGAACACCACCGGUCACUUCCGCUCCCCAUCAUCCAGUGUUCAGUGGAUGGUGAACCCAGCUGAGCAAGUAGUCAAGUUCAACGUGCGCAGCAAACUGGGCGACUGGAUCGGUGUGGGCAUUGCUGAUCAAGCCAGGAUGUAUCCCGCUGACAUCAUCACUGUCUAUCUCUCCACAGACGGUGUCCAAGUUCAGGACAGACACGCUGUUGGACACAGCAAACCACUCGUUGACACGCACAGCCAGGUGAUCAAUGCCACUGGCCGUCGUGACGGUGUAUACAACGACAUCACGUUCUCUCUACCCUGCCACAGCCAGGCCACUGACGCAGAGCAGGACAUCAGUAUUCACGGUCGUCAUCAUCUGAUCUUUGCUAUUGGGGACUUGCAAGAUGGUGACAUUGCAUAUCACGGUUCCCACCGGGGACCCACACCGCUGGUCACUAUCGACUGUAGUGACCCACCUACGCCUCAUCCUACCACCAUGCCACCUGCAACGACCACUGCACAGGUGGGAUGUAGAAGUCAUGAGUUCACUUGCAAUGAUGGACGGUGCAUCAACAGUGCCUUCACUUGUGACAGAGCCAAUGACUGCGAUGACUGGUCUGAUGAGUUGCUAGAGAAGUGCUGGGCACCUGCGUGUAGCAACACCACCUUUCCGUGUCUGGAGAUCUCGGGCUUUCACACGUGCAUACCGCUGACCUGGGUGUGCGAUGAGGUGGCAGAGUGUGCCGCUGAUGCAGACGAGAGAAACUGUACUGCAACCAGCCCCCCUACACCUGCCCCGACCACCUCACCGGCGCCAACUACCUCACCGACUACAUCUGUUGCUGCAGCAGCAAGUAUUUAUCCUAGUCAGAUCACGGUUGAGCAUGCCGAGGUGUCCAGUGGAAAAUCCGUGACAAUGACCUGCACCGAGAACACUGGCGACAUCUUCCCGUUCGUAACCUGGCAACGCCUGGAUGGCCUAGCCCUGCCGCUCAGCCGCGUGUUCUACACCGGAAUAUUCAUGGAGACUAUCACCAUACGCAAUGUGUCGGCUGCCGACGCAGGCACCUAUCUGUGUGAUGUGGAGCUCUCCAGUGGGGAACUCCUGUAUACGCAGGCCAAUAUUACAGUUGCCCAACCUCCACCCGUAGGCGAUUGUCCAAAGCAACGGUUUGCGCCGCAACGCGCCAAUGAAGUGUUCAAUGCCGACUGGUGUGUCAACUCCAUUACCCAGCGGGUUCACUUCACUCUCCGCUCCACGGUUCGCAACGGUUGGGUUGGUCUUGGCAUCUCUCAUGACGACAACAUGGUUGGUAGUGACAUUAUCACGGGGAGAAUUCAAGGCUCGGCCGCCUUGGUGGAGGAUCGGUUUGCCGACGCACAUGCCCAGCCCGAACUGGACCAAGACAGCCAGGUGGAGGACAUGGCUGGUAUCAUGAAUAACGGCUGGAUGGAGAUUUCCUUCUCGCUGCCGUGUGAGAGUGAAGAUGGCCGUGACAUUGCUCUGCGUGGCAGCCAUUACCUUCUGUUUGCCACUGGCGUAUUGAAGGACGGUGGUAUAUAUUACCAUGAUGUCCCGCAGCGCUGGGCAACUGAACAGCCUAUCACCAUAACAUGCAGACCGGCAACACUAAUGGAGCCGACAGCUGUGGAUGCUGUGAACUCAACAGUCACCACAAUGAGCCCGACUGGUGAUCCCAUGCUAACACCUGUGUCAACACCAUCUUUGCAAACACCUGUACCAGCACCUGAUUAUCGAGCCAUUGUUGAACCAGCUGAAGCUUGCGUGAGCAUUGGCUCGGACCUAUCUUUGACAUGCUCGCAAACUUCACCAGACUUUUUCCUCAGCUACGUGUGGAAAAGAGUGGACGGUGGUCCUCUGCCGAUUGACCGCUAUGAAGUCAGUAACCGUGGUGAUGUUCUUGUGAUCAAAGACGCUGCCACCAUCGACACUGGUCUCUAUGUGUGUGAGGUGGACAGCUUUGCGUUUGGUGUCAUGACAACGACCGCGGAGGUCACAGUCGGUACUGACGAGACUUGCAAGCCCACACAAGAACCUACAACAUCUCCUAUGACUAUGACUAUGACUAUGCGUACUGACCCACCAGUGGAACCGACCUCAGAAAUGGCUUCAGCAACUGAACCAGCUGCCCCUACAACUGCAGAUACACCACUGGAGCCACAAACUGGCAUCCGUGUGUUCAAGGGUUUUAUACUGUCCUGGACGACCAAUCCGCAAAAGCAGCAUGUUGACUUUACAUUCCGCACCAACCAGCCGAAUCACUGGAUGGCAUUUGGCAUCUCAAACAAUGAACGCAUGCCGGAGAGUGAUAUCAUCACAGCCUACCUAUCACCAGCUACUGGAGAACCUGUGGUAGAGGAUAGGUAUGCCCGAGAAUACAGUGUGCCCGUGGUUGACAGCAGUUCCCAGGUCUCCAGGGUGUCCGGUGGCCUUGUAAGCGGGUACACAGUGAUCAGUUUCCGAAUGCCCUGCUGGUCGGACGACGUAGAGGAUAUCUCGCUAAGCGGACAGCAUCACUUCCUCCUGGCACUGGGCCAGCUGAUGGCUGGGGAGAUCCAGUAUCAUGGUGACUCGAGGAGAGUUACUGAUCUCAUCACUAUCAACUGCGGUGCUCGCAAUGUUGUCACCGACCCUGUCACGCAACCAGCCACCAUCUCACCCAGCACGGCAGCGGCCAUUGACGGCAAAUCAGGAGGAUUCUCUAACCCUGCUGGAACGUACAUUGUGAACUGGAAGGUGUCGGACUCGGCACCCAAGGUCGACUUCACUCUGCAUGCAAGCCAUGGUGGAUGGAUGGGCUUCGGUAUUUCACACACUGGCCUUAUGACCGACAGUGACAUCAUCACAGCUUUCAUUGACCCUGCAACCGGACAGGCUGUUGUACAAGAUCGGUGGGCAAGUGGACACUACUACCCUGCUCUCGACGUUGACCAGCAGGUAUCAGACAGCGCCGGCCAGCAGCUGAAUGGCUGGAGCCGUGUCUCCUUCUCACUGCCAUGCAGCAGCUCCGAUACCAGCAAUGACAUUGCUAUCUCGGGACAGCACUAUUUCCUCUUCGCUGUCGGCCAGCUGCUGGGUGGUAAUGGUAUUCGGCCACAUUCCCUGCAGCAUAUGUGGCGCACAUCCAUGCCUGUUAUGAUUCAGUGUGAUGGUGGAGAUAGUGUGGCUGUUUCAGAGUCUUCCUCUGCACCACCGGAGUCUUCCUCUGCACCACCGGAGUCUUCCUCUGCACCACCGGAGUCUUCCUCUGCACCACCGGAGUCUUCCUCUGCACCACCGGAGUCUUCCUCUGCACCACCGGAGUCUUCCUCUGCACCACCCACACCUGUUGACCCGGUUAGCCCGAUUAGCCCGGUUAGCCCGAUGGACAGUACCAUGACAGCUACUACCAUGACGGCUAGUGGUGACGAUGACGCCACCGGUACGGAGGCCUCCGGGGACCCGACACCUGACGAAGGCUCAGCCACACAGCCACCUACAACAGUGGCCGCCGUCACUACCAUGGAGGUGAUUUCCAUCGAUGUGGAUUUCUCAAUCCUGCCGGCUCGUGUCAUUGCCGGACGAGACUUCACUCUCUCGGCCCUGGUCACUACAUCACCUGUGAUCCCUGCUAGUGGGUACACAGUGACGUGGGCCAAGGAUGGUCUGCCAGUGAGCAGUAGAGGUAUGAACAUGUCCCUGCCAGACACAGCACUCGGUAUGAGUGAAGCAGUGUUGUCGGACAGUGGCAAUUACACCGUGACCAUCACGUCGACAAGCGGCAGAUUCCCAAGCCAGUCGUUCACCUAUACGCUUCAAGUUCAUGAUGCUGAGAUCAUCCCAGUGUUUGUCACACCGGAAUUGGAGACAGCCAGUGCUGGUAGUCUGAUGACGUUCACCUGCCACUACAUACUCACACCAGGUGAUGAGGUGCUAGAGCUGGUUUGGUCACCGUCGUCGCAACAGUCUGGCUCUCCGCCAGACUCCUCACCUGCCUCGCCGUCGCCCGACAAUGGACGUGUACAGAACCAAGCCCGCAGUGGAGAGUAUGGUAGUGUGUUGACCGUGUCUGAUGUGAGCGUGGCCGACGCAGGGCACUACGCGUGUAGUGUGCAAACACGCCAUGGUCUAGGCACCGCACAUGCCUUCCUCGAUAUUGAGAGAGAUCCAUCAGCACCUACUCUUCCUACACCGACUCAAACAACAGGAGCAUGUGAGAAUGUGAUGUGUCCCACUGGUCAAGCCUGCUAUUACAUUGGAUUUCCGGUGUGUGGAGACGUGUGUUUGGAAGCGGCCUGCUCCUCAAGUGAACAAUGUGUGCUGACUGACGGCGAAUGCUUUAUCGGUGCUGGCUGUAUUCCUGCUGCACAGUGCAGGCCAUCAGUAACUACAUCACGACCUGUGACUAACCUAACCGCUGCUACAACACACAUGGGUGUGUCUAUGCCGACUAUGGACCCGAUCGGCAGUGGUACGCUGGCAAUCAGUGCCAGUGGCACAGGACCUGUUCAGACUGUCACCUCUCAAUCUGCCGGUUGUAACUCAGCUGGAGAGAUUUACGAGGUGGGCGGCAGCUGGAACAGUGGUCCGUGUAUCUCCUGUGUGUGCACUGAUAACUACACGGCGAUGUGUUCAUCAGUGUCUUGUCCUACACCAACAUGCUCCAACCCCAGUACUGUAGCAGGUCUCUGCUGUCCUGUCUGUCCAGAUCUAGUCAUACCAGUAAAGCCCUCGGCACUACCGUGUGCAGCUCAGGACUUCCAGUGUACAUCCGGUGACUGUGCGGCCAGUAGCUCAGUGUGUGACCUCACAGCAGACUGUGCUGAUGGCAGUGAUGAAGAGAAGUGUGAGCCCGUUAGCAUUGUGGACGAGCCAUCCAACAAACACGCAGUUCAGGGCAGUGACAUCAUACUGAACUGCAAGGCUACCGGUGUACCAACGCCUCUCAUCAAAUGGCUACACAGCAACGCCGACGUAGUGGAGACGGACAGAGUGAAAACCGAGACACUGAGCGAACCACCACUAGUGACUAGCCGAUUGCGUAUCACCAAUGCUAACCUGACAGAUGCUGGCCUGUAUCACUGCCAGGCUGGAAACAGAUUUGCUACCCAGGACAGUAUGGCCAGGGUCACGGUUGUUGCUGCUCCGAUGCCCACCUACAGUCCGUGCACGCAUAACGGCGCACUGCACGCAUUCGGCAGCACGUGGACCGAGCUGCAGGGCGAUGGAGAAACCACCGCGUUCUCUGGCGAAAUCAUCUUUGUCGUGGACGAGUCUCGCUCCAUGAAGGAAUCACACGUUUGGCUGCCUGGCCUGCUCCACAGCCUAGAUGAUGCGCUGAAAGCCUCGUCCAUCGGUAUGGAACAUCAGAAUCGGUAUGGCGUGGUGGGUUUUGCUGGUCGCGGUCCUCUCUUCUUGGGCAGAGCGCUUCCAGCCAGCCCCUCGUCCAAUCUUGGUGAUGUGGCCAGUGCCAGGGAGAUGUUUGCCAGUCUGAAGCAGGAUGGCAUUAUCGAGGAUGGCUAUGCCGCUAUACAGAUCUCGAUUGAUUCCGCAAAGUAUCCCCGCGCCGAAGGCAGUAGCAAGUUGGUGGUGUUGGUCACGGACGAGGACCGGGACAAAUUUGAGUUCUCUCUGACGCGUGAUCGCAUGCAGAUGCUGCUGAACAGAGCUGCAGUGCAACUGCAUGUUAUAGUCAAUGCUGGCAUGAAGUCUGCCGAUGAAACACUUCUAGGCUUCUCCAAUGUGUCUGCUUACACGGUGGAUGGUGAUGCUAAGACCCUGGCCAGAGAGAUGAUGCUACACGGACGUCCCCAGUACAUCCGCCGUCGCUCUACUGGUAACACUGUGCGUGAUUACGUAGAGUUGGCUGUGUCCACCGGCGGUGCUGCCUGGGACAUUGGGCAGUUGGAGACCAAUAUUGAAGCGUUCACCGAUGCUGUUAUCAAGGGGUUGGUGCGCAGUGCUAACAUCCAGGCAAAGUCGUGUUUUGAGUGCAGUUGUCAGGAAGGCGGUCAAGUGAGCUGUGUGCCGUCUGCGCUGGCUCCAAUGUACUGCGUCAUGCCAUUGGAUGAACCAGAGGUGCCCACAUUCGCCAAGCCCGACGUCACAGCUACUCCAAACUCACUGUCGGUGGCUGCCAAGAGUCAAGCUAGCUUCACCUGUGUGAUCCAUGCACAUGGUGCGGACACUGUGGACAUCAAGUGGACUCACGUUGGUGCCAAUUCCACUGACGUUGUUCAUACUGGCCCAGUGCUAUUGUUACCCGCCGUGUCGCUGAAGGACGCUGGCAUGUACAUAUGCACAGUGGAUACAGAAGGAGGACAAACAUCAAGCAAAGUCACUCUCCAUGUUGUGGAUUCUGUACGUGUGUCUCCGGCUAGUGAAUCCCUCAUAUUGGAUGUUGGACAAUCACUAAGCUACACCCUUCAAGUGUUUGGAGAGCCACUGCCACUUGUGCAGUGGACCCGUUCCGAUGCAAACGUUGCCACUGGUGAUGUGUGGCUACCGGAUGGCCUGGUACAGGACGGUGCACGGUUAUCAGCCGGAGCGGUGACACUGGACAUGGCUGGCAUGUACCAGGCACGGGCUGUGAACUCCUACGGUCAGGCUGUAGCUCGGGUUGACAUUGUUGUUCGAGGUCCACCGGUAGUACUCACUGAACCGCGACUACUGUCCAUCCCACCAGGCAGCUCUGGAGUUGUCUCUUGCCAGGUUGCCGACAGUACAAACUCUUCCAUUGUGACAUGGUUCUUGCUAACAUCUGACCCGCUACCUCAGGGUACACGUCAAUCCGGUAACUUGCUCUACAUCGACGAGGUCAACGGUAACAUUGCUCGGCAGUACACCUGCCGCGCUCAGAAUGAGUUCGGCUCUGCUGUUGCUACGGCGACCGUGGACAUACAGAGAUCACCGAGUGUGUUUAUUCGUCCACGCCGUGUGGUAGCGUCCCUGAACAGUCCCGUGUCGGUCAGCUGUGUUGCCACCGGCUCUCCGCCAUUGUCGGUGCGGUGGAGUAAUGCAGACAGCGACGGUGACAUGGACUUUGCCGAUGGUAUCAUUGUGAUCGGUACACAGUUGAUAAUCACUAGACUGACCGCCAAGCAUGUCAAUCGCUACGCGUGCACUGCUGCCAAUGCUAACGGUAUGGCCACCGAGGUAGUCACAGUGGAACUGCAAGGAGCACCACGCAUGCCCACACUGCCAAAGAUCAAGGUGGACGGUGCCACUGCAACGAGUGUCAUUCUCUCGCUUCCCGAACCGCUGACAAACGACGUCAGUAACCCGGUGGACUCGUUCUUGGUUCGGUACCGCAGCUAUAUGCCAGACAGUAUGAGCUACUCUGCGUGGAUGGUUGCUGACCGUGAUGUGUCGGCCGUGUCCACCGAGUAUGUAGUCUCCAACCUUGAACCCAGUACUACAUACCAGUUUGAUGUGCAGAGCCAUUCAGAUGCAGGACCCUCCCUGCGCAGUCCUGCACAAACUUUCACCACUCUUUCAGCUGGUGCACCAACAUGGCCUCAACCUGCAUGGUACCCACUUCGAUCUACAAAUGAGACAAUAUACAUCAACCUGCCAGUGAUGGAUGCGUUUGUUGACACUCAGAAGUUUGUUCUUGAAAUGAAACUGACUGGCGAUGAGACUGCUUUGAUCGUUCAAUACCCCACUCUGGAGGUGGAAGUUCCAACUAAUGAUCCCUUGCUGGCACUGACUAAUCCUGGGCUAGCUGAGCAUUAUGAGAUACGGAUUCGCAGCCAGGAAAGCAUGUCAGACACCGAAGCAUGGAGUCUGCCAUUGCUUGUGACGCCGGGACAUGCUGGAGCUGUCCAGUGGCCAGAGAACGCUCUGGACACUAACAAGGUUUCAUCAACGGAAGCCACCGUCAACCUUCCCACAGUGGCAGAGGCGCUACGCUUGAUGCCCGCUGCAGAGCAAUACCUACUGCAGUUGUACCGACUGGGGCCAGAUGGAGACGACAGCAGUGGUACCCGCCCUGAUGGGCAAGCUCGUGUCGGCCUUAACCAAGGACAAUACACGCUAGUGAACCUGCAGCCCAGCACACUGUAUGGCGUUGAAGUGCUUGUGGAGUCACAGGACAAUCUCACGCCAAGCAGCCAGAUGCUUACCUUCACCACACGCCCAGCUGACAUUCCCGUAUGGCCAUCAGUUGCUGUUGAUCCAUACUCAGCCACACCAGACUCACUGACAAUAUUCACACCCAACACGGAUCCUAUCCACGCCAUACACUAUCUUCAGUUUGAGACGCGCUACCAGGGAGACAAUGGCGAAUGGUCACCAUGGACCAAGUCCCUGGAGCGACAGCCAUUGCUGCUUGCUGCCCGUCGACUAAUGUUACCUGUGUCGCUUGCAUCAGCUCGAUAUCAGGUACGGGCGUCCGGUGUCAGAGCCAGUGGUACGUUAACUCGACCUUCAGCCUCAAUUGAAGCCUCCACUCUAGCUGAAGGGUCUGCGGUAUGGGGUGAGGAUGCUUUUGAGCAAUCUCAGACAACUGCCUCGUCGGUAACGGUGCUUCUCCAGCCACUGGCAGGUAACAUGAGCAGCAGCAGCAGCAGCAGCACUGUGGCCAAUCAAUCUCUUACCUACAUUAUCAUUCUUCAGCCAGUGUCGCAGGAUGGUGAUGUCACAGGGCCUGUUAUAGUUCACACUGCUUCUCCGCCGCGUGGUGUUACGGCCAAGCCCGUCGUUGUGGAUGGGCUAACGCCAAACACACGUUAUCAGGUCACACUGAACCAACAGCUUGGCAACACUUCGCUUCCACCGAGUGCUCCACGAAUGGUUGUGACGGCAGCCACGGGUGCACCUCAAUGGCCACAACCAGCCGUUGAUCAUGCCCGCACCACAACAUCAUCUAUUCACGUGUUCCUGCCAAUCACAUCUGCCGUGGUUGAUUACCUUGCGUAUCGCCGCAGCAUGGCUAGCUCUAGUCAGCAAUGGGUAGCAGUGACUGACAGCAGCGAGGAAGGUGAUAGACUGUUCACGUUCUCCCAGCUUGAGCCUGGCCAAGCGUACGAGUUCCAGAUAUUCGCUGCAACACCUAGUGGCACAUCGCCAGGUAGUGCUAUACUGCAAUCAUCCACACUGGAAGAAGGAUCUCCCGAAUGGGAGCGUCCAGCAUUUGACAGUGCACGCACCACUCCCAGCAGUGUUCAUCUCAAUCUGCCCGCGUACCCGGGAGUGCAGGAUCAUGACUCCAUGUUCUCCUACACACUACAGCAUAGAGUGAUGUAUGACGAUGGUACUUGGACGUCGUGGGGAAACUCUAGCGGCGAUCUCACUGCUGCCACCGCCAGCUCUGGCCUCACUGUCAAAGACCUAUCUGCGUCGAGCACUGUGCAGUUCAGACUGCAGGCUGUGAGCGACGACUACACAUCCCCGUUCGGUGCACCAGUAACUGUUCAGACUCUGGCUCAAGGCAGUCCAGUGUGGCCAGAGGAUGCUUACACCGAUACUACAUCUACAUCUACAUCAGUGCGCGUUCUAGUGCCGGAGGUAUUCCCCGAUAGUCAACAGCAGGUCGUGUUCAAACUGCAACCCAAGGCCAAGAACGGCCUUGCCACAGUCCCGGGGAUCACCCUGCCUGCACAGCAAGGUAGUGGUGAGAUGGUGGUAAGUCACCUGCUACCCAAUAGUCGCUAUGACCUCUCCUUCAGCUUGAGCAAUGCAACAUCUGCCACGCCAUUCGGAUCACCGUUGGACGUGAUAACAAUAGCGGAGGGCGCACCAGUGUGGCCACAUCCUCCGCUGCAGGAAUCCCAACUCUACCCAGACUCGGUCGUCAUCAACCUUCCCGCUAGUCUCAGGCGUCCACUCAUCUUGCACACAAACCUGCCCGGGGGCUACUCAACAUCCAUAGUAGACGACACAAUACACUUUGAAUUCGUCGACAUUUCCCCCGGGUUUGACCUGGAGGUGCAGUUCCAGGAAGACCUUGGAACAGGCACUUUGUCUGCACCGAGUGCUACGCUAGAAGUCACUACACCAGCGCAAGACACGCCGCUCUGGCUGAUUCCAGCGAUUGUCUUCCAUGCUACGACGGCCAGCUCUGUACGCCUAGCUGCGCCGUUUGUUGCCGUGAGAUCCGAUGUGUCUGCAUUCAACGUAUUCUAUCGUGUGAAGCAAGACAAUGGUCUGUACUCUGAGUGGAGCAGUGUUUCACCGGUUACACUACAGCCUGGUCAAGCUGAGUUUGAAGUAGCUCAGCUACCCGCCGAUAGUGAGAUCCAGGUCAGAGUGCGUGCCGAGUUUGACGACGGUACCCAGUCUGAUUACAGUCCCACUCAGACCGUACGGACACUACCUGCAAGUGCACCCGUCUGGCCAAGCUAUGCUUACAACCCGUCACUGUCUACUGCGACGUCCGUUGAGAUCGGCUUGCCGCCAUCGCUGGUUGGACAGCAGGUGGUUGUGCGUGCACAGCCAGUUGACGCAUGGGGCGAUGCCCAGGAUAACGUUGCAGACAUCACCAUCGCCGGUACAGCCCUAGUCGUGCUGGAAGGACUCGCUCCCAACUCUCUGUACAACGUGUUUGUGAAAGCAGCUGCGCCAUCCACGCCGGCUCCCUCGCUUACUGGCAGCGGUCUUGAGAUGGAUAUCAGUGGUGAUGCUGGACAAACCAUGCCCACAUUCUCACCCGCAGAGAACAUCUUCUCUGGACCAUUGCAAGUUCGCACCAUUGAACUAGGUGGUCCAAUCUGGGCUCAACCUCCCAUCCUGGAAGAGCUCACAACGCACAUGUCUGCAGUGGUGCAUCUUCCCAACACGCUAGCAAGCGCAUCGGAUCAUUUGUUCAGAUGGCGUCAGCCCAGCAAGGGACCUAUAUUCACCACAAUCAAUGAUCAGCCCAUGCUGCUAGAUGGUGUCUACUCAUAUACAUUGACGGGACUGACUCCAGGUGCAGCCUACACUGUACAGUAUGGACAGCUGGUAUUCGACCCGGAGACAUUCAGCCCCAUUGUCAAGUACAGCACUGCUGUCAAGUUCUCCGUGCCGAGUCUUGACGCACCACUGUGGAAUCAUCCAGCUGUAGUAUCGACGCUGCUGACGUCCAACAGUGCUGUUCUCAGGGAACCUCUGCUGCCUGCAGACAGCCCUGCCAGCAACUUCACCGCACAAACUAGAUACCGAAUGAGCAGCGGUGUGUGGUCUCCAUGGCGACAGGCUACCCGUAUAUCUACCAUUGACCAGCAGAGCAGAACACUGGUUGUCAGUGGCUUGCAGGCCGGUGUUUCUAAUCAGAUCCGCUUGGCUGCCAUUCACAAUGGCAUGCCCAGCAGUCAGUUCUCUCCAUCUCUUACUCUGCAGACUUUGGCCAGAGAUACACCGACUUGGCCACGUGUGCAGUUUGUUCGCCACCUGAUCACCAGUAACAGCUUGACGGUGGCAUUGCCCAGCAACUACCCGUUCACAAACACACUGUUCUACACACUGCAGCUGCGACGGCAGUUCUCCAGUGGCGACUGGACGCCGGCAAAGAACACGACCGUAUCCUACGAUGCCAGCGGGCUGUACCAGCUGACUGGCCUGCUCCCUGACAGUGUAUAUGAGGUCAGAUACAUAGCUCAUGAUCAAGCUGGACGGGUUUCACAACCCGGACCAGCUGCACAGCAACGCACUCUAAUUUCAGGCAUACCAGCUGAGCCCCAGCAACCUACGAUGUCUAUACCGGAAGUCGGUGGAAGAGUGUACAUUGAUCUUCCCAGUCCAUUCUCAGUUGAUCCCGUAGAUCAUCCAGUUGACUACUUCAUUGCACGCUACCGACCUAUCUCUGACUCCGGAGAGCGUGGGCCCUGGCUAUCAGAGCAAAGUGAAAUGCUGUCUACUCUGAUCAACCAGAGGUUCUACCUUCAAGGUUUGAUGCCACGCACUAUGUAUGAGCUGGUCUUGCUGGGCGUAAACUCCGUGGGGCAGUCUACACCGAGUGUGCCAGCCACCUUCCUGACGGGAUAUCCAGGUCCUCCUCUGACUCCGCAGGCCCCAGCCAUCAGUUCCAGCAUCACCAGCCGUACAGUGACUGUCUCCCUGCCCAGCGUGGACUCCUACCCAAGAUUACACCCAGUCACUGAGUACAGUAUUAUACGUACCACACUGCUGGAUUCCGGCAGAGAAACCAGUCGCACCGACACACUAUCCCCGGCAGAUGUCAGACUGGUUGUCGUUGAAGACCUCACUCCCGGCACUACGUAUAACAUCCGUCUUCAGGCGCGCACCCCGGUUGGUUUCUCUGGCUUCACCAGCCCGGUCUCCUUCACAACGUUGGCUCUUGGUGAUCCCGUCCAGCCAUCUGCACCGAUCAUUCUACCCAGCUCAACAAGCGCAAGUCUUGACGUACAGUUACCUGGUGCUGACUCAGUUCUAGUAGAUCACCCAACUGAACGGUUUGGAAUUAGCUUUGCAGCAAUGCUGGAGGAUGGUACAUGGCCUGAGACGUAUCAAGUGCUACCGCGAAGAAUCCUAGCUGGAAUGCCCGUGGCCACAAUACAAAACCUUCUUCCUGAUACUCGCUACAGGAUCCGCUUGAAUGCACAUAACCGCCGUGGCAUGUCGCUUUGGAGCCCGCCGUCCGAGGCCAGAACAAUCCGCCAAGGUGAAGCAAUACAACCACGCCAGCCAGUGGUAUCGUCAAUAGGCCGGACAUACAUCACCCUGAACCUCAGCCAGGUCCUGUCUUCAGCGAAUAGUGACCAUCCACUGUCUCACGUUGCUAUCUCCGUCACUUCUCCUCAAGCUAACACCAGCUUCACACGCGAGGUUUCAGCGGAUGACCUAAUGUACAACGAGGGUCUGUAUCGUAUCGAAGGAAGCUUGAUCCUCCCCAGCACUGUGUACAGCAUCCGACUGCAGACUCGCAAUGCCAUGACACUAUCGGAACAAGGUCCCGAGACACAGGUCACAACCUGGACUGCAGAACCUCUGCAGCCCAGUGCACCGACAUUCCUACCAAAGAGGACUAGCUACUCUGUAGUUCUGCUUCUACCCAGCGAUGUGCAUCCCGAUGAUCCUGUAUCAUACUACACCGUGCAAUAUCGCAACCGUACUGCACAGUCCUGGACAGAGCUGCCCAUGCAGAUUGCUGGCGAUAGUGGUGAAUACGUACUGAGUGGUCUGAACGCGGACACUACGUAUGACGUGCAGCUGUUUGCUCACAACGAUGCCGGCCGCUCACCUGCUAGUCAGACCAGUAGUUUCACCACACCAGCAACAGGUACUGCUCUGAUACCGUCUCCACCGACGGUUGGCUUGAGCAUCAGCAGCAGUGUGAUACCAAUCAUCCCGCCGCCUGUACACACUACCGACAGUGGCAGUAGCAGUGACACUACACCCAGUACACCUCUGCAUCCCGUUGACUACUUCCGAUUGGCCUACACACCAGGAAACUCAGCGUCGCGUGUCACCAUUCCCGACAUGCUACCCGUCAGCACGUCCAUGUAUGAAUUCACCGUACCCGCUGCACUGCUCGGUGUCUUCAAGCAGUUCCGCUUCCAAGCCAGGGCUGGAAACGCCCUGGGUGUGUCGGACUGGAGUGAGCCUGUCCUGGCCACUCUCAUUGAGCCUGGCAUACCCAUUGUCCCAGGUGUACCUCUGUUCUCCGAUAUCAGCAUUGACAGCUUCACAGUAUCCAGGCCAGAGUUCACCGAGGCCAUCACUGCACAUCCUCUGAGUGAGUUCAAUGUCAGCGUGACACGCUUGGAUCGCCAACGCAAUCGUUUUGUCCCGUGCAGCAACUGUACGUUCUACGUGAGCAGUGUGUUUGGCAACGACACACUGGUUGUCAGCAAUGUCCCACCUGCCACGAUGUAUGAAGUGUGCAUCAGUGCUGUGUCGGCUGAUACCCAGCAGACGUCUGCGUUUGGUCCGUGUGCCAGAGUCACCACUGCCGGAUUAGACUGCCCUGUGGGUGUUGAUGAUGAUGCGCGCAUACUCCAAGACGGUGACAUUGCACGCCUGUUCAACACCAUCACUAUUAACCAGCUGGCUAGUACCCGACCUAGUGCCGACAUCCUGUUUGUUGUGGAUGAAUCCAGAACUCUCCAGGGCGUUCACCAGGUGCUGGGAGAACUCGCGCAAACACUGGAGGCACGUCUCUCCGCAGCGGGUAUUGGCACGGUCGUGGAAAACCAGUACUCUGUGACGGGAUUUGCCGGCGAGCACAAUGGUGAUACAUCACCGGCCCGUGUCAUCCCAGUACACGGUAAUGUAUUGUACAAUGUGUCGGAUGUGGAGAUGGCCGCGCAGUCUCUGGCCACCAAUGCACGCCGCGAAGACGGUUACUGUGCAAUACAGCACGCGCUGGACGCGUACCGAUCGUCGCAUUCAGCCUCCAGCUCCUCAGCUCUUGUAGUUGUUCUCGUGACCGACGAAGAUCGCGAUGUGGUGUGUCCCGGUACAACGUACAACUCGACUUACAAUGACUUGCUGAGUGCUAAUGGUGUUCUGCAUAUCCUAGUCAAGCAACAGUAUGCUGCAGGUGCAAUGAUGGUCAGUGGUGUGGACAAAGCUGGUAAUGGAUUCCAUCUGAACACAUCUGCAAGGCAUGGCUAUGACAUGGUCUACAAUGCUGAGGCACUAUCAGACUCUGGACAUGGCACCACACAGAGUGACUACACAGAGCUUGCACUGGCACUUGACGGCACCGCGUGGAGCGUAGCCGAUCUCGUUGACCUGCUGGCAAGCAACCUCUCCACCGAUGCCUACGCUAAUGCCUUUGCUGAUCGGGUGUCUUCGUCAGUCGUGUCCCAGCUCCUGGCCUGUCAGGAGUGUAUGUGCACAUCCGGGUCCUUGUCGUGUCACUCGCUGCCUUCUCGACAGCAGGAGGAUAUCUGCGUGUCCGGUGAACCACCCGUCGUAGAAGCUGUCGACAGUCAACUAACUGUGUCGGUGAACAAGCCACUUACACUGGAGUGCACAUUGCAAGCCUAUCCUAAAGUACCCCUGACGUGGGAAAGGAGUGAUCUUGAACCCAUCGAUCAAUCCUGGAUCAACGCAGCUACCAAUCAACUGACCAUACCGCAUGUAACAGCCGAUCUUGUCGGUACCUACCUGUGCGUGGCGGAGAAUCUCUUUGCUGCUGACUCUGCAACUAUUGACGUGUCGGUGACUUACCCGACUCAGUGCGAGCGACAAGGACAAGAGCUUCCCAUCAACGGCACUGGUGAGUUUAUCCGCACCCUGGGUGACGACGGUGUGGCCGUGGACUUUGUGUGGCUGGUCGACCAGUCGCGGAGUAUGAUUGAGGAGCACCGCUUGCUUUCAAACAUCACCAGCAUCCUUGAUAUCAGCUUCACAGCCGCCGCCCUGAGUCAUGGCGUUCAGCCCAGCAACGACUCCAACCGGUUUGGUCUGGUAGGGUUCGGCGGUGAAGACGAUCAACUGGCAAAGGGCGUACCAAUCCGAAUGGGUAACGGCGCCCUGUUCGGCAAUGCCGAAGAGCUGGGCACGGCGACGGAACACUUGGAGACGUCUGGCAGCAUGGAAGACGGCUAUCACGCCGCCUACGUGGCUCUCACUCGGUAUCCAUUCCGUCCCGGUGCCGUGUGUCACCUGCUACUUGCCACGGACGAAGGCCGUACUCAGCUAGCAGACGUCAUCGAGUUUGACACCAUCAAGGAGGCCAUACUGGCUAGCAACUGCACACUGCAUGUUCUGGUUAACGAGGAGUUUGACGGCAAUGCGCUGGGUAUAUCACACAGCAGAGAUGCAUUCUUUGAGCAUGCCAACGGUUCGUUCUCCCUGGUCCCCGGCGCUGGCAUAGCUUUCCCACAAUCAGGCCAUGGAGAUACUCAUCAGGCGUAUGUUGAACUAGCAUUUGCCACACAGGGUUCGGCGUGGAAUCUGAAGCGACUCCGGAACGGCGGCUCAUCCGUGGACGCGUUCUCCAACGCUCUGUCGGCAUUGACUCGUCGUAGUACGUACGGACAGCUGUGUGAUGUGUGCACGUGUCAGUACGAUGGAGAGUUCCUUUGUCAGGACUGUAUGGCAUAAUAAUACUUCACCCUAUCAUCAACUCGACUACUAUCUGACAUUUUGGAAGAGGACGAGAAAGCGAUAGCAACUCACCUAUCCAUCCCUCAACUUAUCAUUAUAAACACUGGAAACAUUUCCGCCAUUGUGUUUGAGUGUAAUUGUUAGCCAUAGGCACGUCUUUUGGACCAUAAUGUUUUGUUCCCAGUGCAUGCAAGAAAGGGCAUUCUCCUGUGCUAUAUUCUGAACAAAGUUGCUGCCAUGGUUUUCACAUUGUUCUGUGAGAUGCUAUUGCUAUCUGCCCCCUUUAAUAGUGGCCAGUUUAACUAAAUUGUGCGACGAAGACAACUGUUUGCUAGGCACAUAUGCUGUAUGCCUUUUCCCUAUCCUUGCGUCUGCAUUCCACCAACUCGGUUGUCAAGCCACCUGCUUACAUGGCUAGCUUGCAGCAAUCCUAAUUAUUGAAUUUCUACCCGUGUUAAGAAAACAGUACAUUGCAUACUGUACAAGUACUCUACAAUCACUUUGUUAAUUAUUGUAUUUUGUGAAAUGCUUGGCACACAGACUAAGCACCUGCUAAACCA